CCCCGGCGGCCCCGCCCCGCCCCGCGCCGCCCGGAGCCGAGCCGCGCCGCGCCGCGCCGAGGGCAGCAUGCGGGGCGCAGCGGAGCGGGGCUGCUGCCACUGGAAUAACAUGCUUGGAAAUACUUGGUAGUGUUGAUCACUUGUACCCCAGCACAAGAGCUCCAGCUUAAUCCUUUUCAAACACGUCUCUCAGAACAUGGGGGAAAACGAUGAUGAAAAAUACAGUCAAGCUGGCCAGAUAUUUGAAAACUUUGUACAAGCAUCAACGUGCAAAGGUACCAUUCAGGCCUUUAAUAUUCUCACUCGCCAACUUGAAUUAGAUCCUUUGGACAAUAGAAACUUUUACACCAAACUGAAGUCAAGAGUGACCACGUGGAAAGCCAAAGCUUUGUGGAACAAGCUUGAUAAAAGAGCAAGUCACAAAGAGUAUAAACGUGGAAAAUCUUGUGUGAACACUAAGUGUUUAAUUAUUGGAGGUGGCCCAUGUGGCUUGCGGACUGCCAUAGAACUUGCCUUCCUGGGAGCCAAAGUUGUCGUCGUGGAGAAGCGGGACACUUUUUCAAGGAACAAUGUGUUGCAUCUCUGGCCAUUUACAAUCCAUGACCUCCGGGGACUGGGAGCAAAGAAAUUUUAUGGAAAAUUCUGUGCAGGGUCUAUUGAUCACAUCAGUAUUCGACAACUUCAACUUAUCCUCUUCAAAGUUGCACUUAUACUAGGAGUUGAAAUCCAUGUGAACCUAGAAUUUGUGAAAGUCCUGGAACCUCCUGAAGAUCAAGAAAACCAAAAGAUAGGUUGGAGGGCUGAAUUUCUUCCUGUGGAUCACCCCUUGUCAGAGUAUGAAUUUGAUGUUAUUAUUGGUGCAGAUGGCCGCAGGAACACAUUAGAAGGUUUCAGGAGGAAGGAGUUUCGUGGAAAGCUGGCUAUAGCUAUCACGGCCAAUUUUAUAAACAGAAAUACAACUGCAGAAGCCAAGGUAGAAGAAAUUAGUGGUGUUGCUUUCAUCUUCAAUCAGAAGUUCUUCCAGGACCUUAAAGAGGAAACAGGAAUUGACCUGGAGAAUAUUGUUUACUAUAAAGAUAGCACUCAUUAUUUUGUGAUGACAGCAAAAAAGCAGAGUCUUCUGGACAAAGGAGUGAUUAUUAACGACUAUAUUGAUACGGAGUUGCUCCUCUGUGGGGAAAAUGUGAACCAGAGCAAUUUGCUAUCCUAUGCCAGAGAAGCUGCUGACUUUGCAACGAAUUACCAGCUGCCUUCCUUGGAUUUUGCAAUUAAUCACUACGGGCAACCAGAUGUAGCAAUGUUUGAUUUUACUUCCAUGUAUGCAUCUGAAAAUGCUGCACUAGUGAGAGAGAGGCACAGGCAUCAGCUCCUGGUGGCACUUGUUGGAGAUAGCUUGCUUGAGCCCUUCUGGCCAAUGGGUACUGGCUGUGCAAGAGGCUUCUUAGCUGCUUUUGAUACUGCAUGGAUGGUACGGAGCUGGGCUCAAGGAAAACCCCCUUUAGAAAUCCUUGCUGAACGAGAGAGCAUUUAUCGACUCUUGCCUCAGACUACCCCUGAAAAUAUUAACAAGAACUUUGACCAGUAUACCAUUGACCCAGGAACAAGAUACCCGAACUUGAACUCAAGCUGUGUUCGACCUCACCAGGUGAGACAAUUAUAUGUUACCAAUGAGUUACAACAAUGUCCUCUUGAAAGAGUAAGCUCCAUUAGAAGAUCAGUAAAUCUCUCAAGACAUGAGUCAGAUACUCGACCUAACAAGCUUUUGACCUGGUGUCAGAAACAGACAGAAGGGUACCGUAAUGUUAAUGUCACAGACCUGACUACCUCCUGGAAAAGUGGCCUUGCGUUGUGUGCAAUUAUCCAUCGCUUCAGACCCGACCUCAUUGACUUUGAUGCUCUGAAUGAAGAGGACGUUGUCAAAAACAAUCAGCUGGCGUUCGAUGUUGCUGAACAGGAGUUUGGCAUCCCCCCUGUCACCACGGGGAAGGAGGUGGGCUUGGCCGGGGAGCCUGACAAGCUCAGCAUGGUCAUGUACCUCUCCAAGUUUUAUGAACUGUUCAGGGGCACACCUCUGCGGGCAGUAGAUGCUGGCGACAAGCAAAAUGGAGAAAAUAAUGAUCUUUGUUCAGAAAAAUCAUCGAAGUUCAUCUUUAAUAAUUACAUCAAUUUAACUUUACCAAGAAAGCGAGUACCAAAGGUUGAAGGGAAAACGGAAGAAAAUGAGACUAACAAAAGGCGUCGGAAAGGUCUUUUUGGUGUCUUCGAGGAGGCUUCAGGUUUUUCAAGCCAAGGGACAAAUGCUGGGAAAGAACAGAGUGAUGGCAGAGAAGGAAUGAACCGGAAUAAAGUUAAAUCCAUGGCAACUCAACUGCUGGCAAAGUUUGAAGAGAAUGCUCCAAGCACAAUUUUUAGGAGGCAGAAGCAGUCACUGGACAGAGCUACAAGUUCUUGCCCCAUUCCUCAUUCUUCAUCUCCUGCCUCCACUGCUCAGAGCCGUCAGGGAUCUCUGCGAAAAGAAUUUCCUCAGUCUGUCGGAGGGAGUGACAUUUGUUAUUUCUGCAAAAAACGGGUAUAUGUUAUGGAGCGGCUGAGUGCAGAAGGCCACUUCUUUCAUAGGGAGUGCUUCAAGUGUGAAAUAUGUUCUACAACACUCCGUUUAGGAAUUUAUGCCUUUGAUGUUGAAGAAGGCAAAUUUUACUGUAAACCUCAUUUUAUGCACUGCAAAAUCAGUACUAAACACAGAAAGAGAAGAGCAACAUUACAGAUCGAGGGAAAGGAGGCAACAGAAGCAUGGAAGAAAGAGGAACCCAAACCCACAGAGACCACCACAGAAAGCACUUUGUCUACUGCUAGCAGUCCAGAGGACAGGUCCCCAGACCACUGCCUGCCCGUGGCCAACGAGCCCACAUCCCCAAAGAAGGCAAAGAGCAUCCUUGAGCACUGCAACUUGGAGAGCUGGUUCUCGCCCCCUUCCCCCGAGUGGGCCACCGUGAGGGUCAUCCCCGAGGAGGAGAUGACCGAGCACAACCUUCUCGCUAUCCGAGUCAUGGUCACCAGUGAUGCAAGCAGCUCUGAGCUGGAGUCUGAUUUUAAUGGUGAGUCAUCAAACUCUGAAAUAAGCGAAGGACAGACCUCGCUGCUGGAGCCCCAUGCCUGCCCGAGCCCCAUCCGGAGGUGGGCAUCACUCGCCAGGAGCCCUGUGGUGCCAGAGGAAAGCCCCAAAAUAUCCAAAGUUGCCGAUGGUAAGCAGCGCCCUGAGCCAGCGCUACAGAGAGCCAACAGUUUACACUCCUCGGCGUUAAAUAAGUGUCAGAAUUGGAGAAGAAAACUCCAAACGAGUUUCCCUCUACUGUCCAGCAAGAAACCUGGGCUACACUGGAAGGACAGCUCAGCUAGCUGUCAAAGUGGUCCUGGAGAAGAUCACUCCAAAACACAGUUGGCUUCUUACAAGAAACCACCAGAAGUUACAAGAGGAUGUUUCAAAUCCUACAGCCCAGUAUUUCAAAGAAAAGAAAAAGCCAGAGAGAUGCCUGAAGACAUCUGCGUCUAUGUGCCUCAUUGUCCUUUUCAGAGCAGCACUAGAGGUUCAACACAGACCCCUCGUGGUAAUGGGACAUUGGCUGCUGAUUUUUGUGAGCCUGAAGAUACAGACUGUGACACUGGGACUUACACAGCCCAGGGCUGGAAGGAAAAAAACCUGAAGUAUACCUCUGAACCAGAGAAUUUUAACAGGAAGAAAAAAGUGCUGUCAUCUCUGGAUUUGAAAGAGAAAGAUGGCAAAACUACAAGGCACCCAGAAGAAAAGCUUGAGCAAGAAUUAGAGGCAAAAAAGAGGCUGGUACUUUGUACUCAACAGCGACCCUUGUCAUAUGUUUCAAACAGGAUGGACUUAGGUGAAACCGGUCCAGGGCAUCAAAACAAAGGAGCGCCGGUAACUUCAGAGGAAAGAGAUGCUGACUGGAGAAAAGAUGUGUUCAAACUAUCUGGUUGUUCUGUGCCUCGCUUAUUUGCAGACUAUGCUCCAGCAGAUUUGCCUGUUGACCCAAAAGGUGCCCUGAGGAGUCCAGGUGCAGUUGCUAGGGAGAAUACAGCUGGCCAGCCAAAAUCACCACUGAGGCUCAUAGCCAGUGCGAUCAAAAGGUCCAUUUUAGAGCCUCUAACCUUGUCUCCAGAAGGACCAAAACAGGGCUCAGGCAGCAAAGUCAAAGCCUCUUCAGAACAAGGUUUCUUCAGCUUCCCCAGUACUCCUAGCUAUUCCCUAAGCCAAAGGAACAGUAACAAUAAUAGAGCAAAUAACACUCAGCCACAGGAGCUUCAAGUAGGGGAGAGGGCAGGAGAGCAUUUAGGAAAUGGGAGCUCUCUCUCAAAUCCAUCUCAUUUUUCUGUCAGCUCUGAAGAGAGGCCUCUAAGGGAUUACUGUGAGGAGGGAUCCUUCCCAGUCUACAGUCUUCACACUAGGCCUUCCAAGACGACCACUAUACCUCAGAAAUCAUAUUGCACCAGGAUGGAGGAUGUCCCAGGACUCCUAGAAAAGUUUACAUUUAAAGAGACUCCUCCCAGGACUCCCAAGGAUGACAUAUUUAUCUGUAAUGAAAAGCACCUCUUUCUUUCAUCUCCAGAGCCCAAGAACACCUCCAAGGACAAUCUGGAUGACUCUGCACAGAAGGGUAGUCUUGGGUUGCUCUUUGAUAGACUAAGAAGUAAAGUUCAUGACAGAGAAGGGAAUCCCUUCGUGUCAUCUCUGCCUUUCAGGAACAACCGUUCUCCAGAAGACAGGCUACGCUAUCCUUCCACAGGAAGUGAACACCUACCUGUCAGAAAACAAGCUACUGAGUAUUCUACUUCUUCCUCCGAUGAUGAAUUUGAAUCCAAGCCUUCAUUAACACACAAGGCAAAAAGGACUCUCAGAAGGAGAAAGAAGCUGGAGAAGGAGACAAAGCAAUUGAUUAAACAAGAGGAGCUGAAGAGGCUUCACAAAGCACAGGCAGUCCAGCGCCAGCUAGAAGAAUUAGAGGAAAGACAAAGAGCUCUGGAGAUUUUUGGUGUCAAACUGGAAAGAGAACUAAGAGGAGAAUCGGAUUCAGGCACAAGGGAUGAAACUCAGAUGCUACAUGAAUGGUUUGAGCUGGUCCUGGAGAAGAAUAAAUUAAUGCGUUAUGAGUCUGAGCUCCUGAUUAUAGCCCAAGAGCUAGAAUUGGAGGACCACCAAAGCAGGUUGGAACAAAAGCUGAGAGAGAAAAUGGCCAUUGAUGACAGCCUUAAAGAUGAGAUGGAUCUGAAUGAGGAGGAUGAAAUUUUUGCUGAGAUGAUGAAAGUGGUUGAAGAAAGGGACAAACUUGUGUCUACCUUAGAGGAGCAGAGAUUGAAAGAAAAAGCAGAAGACCAGCACUUUGAAAACAUUAUAGUAUCUAGAGGUUAUCAGCUGAGCAGGUUUAAAACAGCCACAUACAAAUUAACAUGAUUUCAGCAAUAUUCGUAAACACGGAGAUACAGUCUUCUGAAAAAUUAAGGAAUUAAAAUUUAAAAUCAGUUUAUUUGGGAAACAUGUUGCUUUGUUAUCAAAAGCUCUUGAGCUGUUCUUUUGCUUAUACCAGAGGGAGCCAUCCCACUAUCAGCUUAAAGGGUCACCGGAAAACAGAAUAGGACUGAAUUUACCUGUCCGAUGGGCAUCGGGGUCUGUGAAAGGGAAGUCAGACCUCUGUCGUUUUCCUGGAAUUUUAUUUCAAUGCUGAGAACAGAGUUUCUGAGAAACAUGAUUACAUAAUUUAGUAUUUUUGAGAUGGCAUUACUUUCCAUCUGUUUGUCUGAAUCUGUAUGUGGUUUUGUUAAUAUUUUGGCACAGCCAAGCCAUGGUGAACUAGUAAAGGUCAGAAAGCAAGCAUGUCAUGUAAAAAUAAGGUUAGUUUUUAUUUCUGGUGGAGGAAGGGUCAUUUGACUAAUAACUACAUAUAAGACCUCAUUAAAACUAUUGUAACUGCAAUGUCAGAAAUUAAUUUCCCAGGUAUUUUUAAGUUUUAAUGCACUGUGUAUUUUUGAACAAGAAGUUAAAGCAACAUGUAAAUCCCUACAUUAGGUAAAAUGGUAAGGGAUUAUCAAAGGGGUGACCACCCUUAAAACUGUUGCAUGCUCAAAAAACCUUUGGUAUGUCACAGGUUUAAGGUCUUUAAAAUAUGCAAAAUGAUAAUUUAAAAAUAGUAAUCCAGACCCAACUGGUAUUUCUAGGGUAGGCUUUACAAGUUUUUGGUAAAACACAUCAUGAGUAGUAUCAUAGGGUGUGAUGAAUGGUGUAGCAGUUAAAGACCUCUCUGAGAAUAAUUCCUCAAAAGGAUUGUAAAAAAUGUCAAAUUUGUAAUGUUGACAUUUGAUAGAAAAUAUUGUGGGUAUAUUUAAACUAAAUUUUUCUUACUGAUUAAGAAGAUAUGAAUAUUUUUGCUCAAAUUAACUCUCUCCUAUCUUUUUUGUACAUGCAUUUGUAGAUAUUGCCAAAGCAGAUGUGCAGAAAUUCUCCUUAGUAUUUGGUGUAAUUUAAGUACUUUCUUAAAUCUGAGAUAAUUCUGCAAUUUAAGAUUGGUAGUACUCCCAACUGUAUGUAUGAUGCACUAGAUUUUCAAACUGAAAAAACAAGGACAAACUGAAAGACUGUUUGGUUUUGAAUACCAUUUUACCUCAUGCUCUGAGAAGAUUUGACGUUCUCAUUAUUUUAUGAAUGGUGCUAAUUUGCUGCAGUUGCCUAUGGUACAGCCAAAGCUAGAAGCAGUCCUGUCAGAAAAGCUUUAAACUAAAAAACCUUUUGGUAAGUACUUGUGGGGUAACAGACACACUGGAUCCUGUCACAAUAAUUUAUGAACUAUCUUAAGGUUUUGCUCUAUUGUAAGAAAUUUAAAAUACCCUUUCUAAAGAUAAAAUCAGGGUUUUACUAUUGACCACAGAUACGUAAUAUACCUCUAUUGGUGCAAGGAAUAUACUAUUGUUCUGCAACAUUUAUGUAUUUAUAUUUAUUAGACUGUUUAAAGAGGAUAAGUGUGUCUGGUUACAGUUUGGAUGUUGUCUCUGAUUUUGAUAAAUGUGUAUUUCUAACAGCUAUGUGUAGGUAAAGCUGUGCAUUGUAGAGUAGACAGCUUUAUUGAUUUGGUAAAUAAUUAGUAAUAAAAUAUGAAUUAAGAUUUUAAAACAACUUUUUCAGUUACCAUAACCUGAAGGGGUACCCUUAAAACAUAGCAUGUAGGACUUUAACAAUAAAAGCUGGCUUUUGUCACAGUGGAAUGACAUAGCAGAAUCCUUGAAUGUGUUCCAAACUUACCAUCAGACAUUUUUUUUUCUGUCAUUCACAGGUAAGCAUACCUGAUCUUAAGAUUACAUUCUUAUUGAGAUGGAUUGCAGCAAUUUAUUUUUAAACUAACUCUGUUACUUAAGAUUGACACAAAGUAGGAGCAGGUAGGGCAGAAAUAAAUAUUUUAAUUUUCUCCAUUGAGAUCUGCUGAUAUUUCCAAUUUUGUGGAGAAAAUUUCUGGAUUUUAUCACUGUUCCCAGAAGCCUCAUGUAAUCCUGUAGAACAAGACUGUCUAGAACAUUUAUCACAGUUUUCUGUAGCAAAUGGAGAGUCAUAAUAUGCAUUAUUAUUAUUUAUUAUAUAUUAUUAUAUAAUAUAUUAUUAUAUAUUAUAUUAUUAUAACAGCAUUAUUAAGCUAUUUUUAGAACAUUUUAAAGCAAACUUCUUAUUGCUUUGCACAGGAGGGGAAUUCAGCAGAAGACUCCAGUUAUAUUACUCAAAGAUUGUUUUUUUUCUCACCUCACUUUUGCAAUCUGAAAAGUCCAUUUGCCUUAGUGUUGCUGCUGUACAAAGAGGAAGAGGAAGGGCAGCAUCAGAGCAACAUGAUGCCUCUAACCCUGAGGAGGAGAUUGCUCUCCUCUGCCAAAGCCCAGCCUGCUGCAUCUCUCCAGGGGAGGUGCACACACUGCAAUCGGUCAGAUUCAGGUUGCUCUGAAUUGCAUAGAAGCACUGAGAUUUCAGUUUACAGCAGAUACCUGUUCAGCUAGAAAACCAAAUGCGAAAGGGUGCUUUCAUUUUAGCUCUGAAGAUUUGAGUUCUUGACAGUAUUAGAGUCAACAGAAGCUGAGGGCCAUCAGCAUUUUAUGGACCUCCAAAAUACUUUUUGCAAAAAAGUUAUGUUUCUGGUUGCCAUGUGGGCAUAACGUAUGUUCCACCCAAAACUCUGUCUGCUCUUGGGUGGAAAAAUCUGUCAGGCUACUGUUACCCUGCCUGAUAUUAAGCACCUCACAUGAUUAGAUCCAAAAAUGAAGUGUGCAAGUGAUUUAGAAAAAUAAUAAACUCUUAAGUCAUUUAAUGCAAGUCUUCAUAUAUCAUGAGAGUAGAGAAGGAGGGGGGAAAAAAAGAGAAGCUAUGUGCACUGUUCACAGGUCAAUUUAAUAUGGUUGGCUUGUAUUAGAAAUGUAUUUAAACUUUGGUUUGGUUAUGAGUCUCAGUGCUGCUCAAUCUUUUCUGUAAAUUGACUCACUAACUUAAAAAAGAUUUGUUCAUUUUUAAGUCCUCGGCAUUGUCAUUUUUGGGUAUAAUGUGAUGUGCUAGAGUAUAUUGACUAUGUCUAAAUGGGCUAGUUUUGAGCAAUUUUCUAUUUGAAAAAAUAAAAUUAUAUCUCACUCUCUGAA